AUGCCCAUACAAAUAAACGACAGAAUCAUUCUGAAGAACAACCUGCGAGGGGUAGUGCGCUACAUAGGCCCCGUCGAGGGCAGGAGCGAGGAGUGGGUGGGGAUAGAGCUGGAGGAGCCCAAGGGCAGCAAUAAUGGAGCAAUAGGAGGGACAAGAUACUUCUACUGUCCUGAGGGCCAUGGCCUGUUUGUGAAGUACGAAAGGCUCACCAGGAGAAUGACGAGUCUCGGGGACAGCACGACGUACCACGUGUUUGCAGAGCCUGGCCACCCGUUCUACAAGGACAAAGAUUACCGCCUUGAGGAUGGGCCUGCAACGUGUCAGCAGGAGAAGAAGAGCAGCCCGCUUGAGGCACGGGAGCAUGGCGCCAGUGUUCUGUUUGGAAACGAGGAGCUGGCUGAAGAAAAUAGAAAGAUCAAGGAGCUUUUGGGAUUGGUCCUGCACAGGUGGAACGAGUCCCUCAACACGAUCCAGAGGAGCCUCCAGGGACUGCAGGGGAGGAUAGAGAGCAUAAAUAGAGCAUGCCAGGCCAGGAAGACCGAUGAUGCAGAGAGAGACCUAGUGAUGCGUCUGGUCUCGGAGAUGAUAGAGUCGAAUAGAAGGCGAGACAGGGAAAAGGUGAGGGAGCUGUACGGAAGAUUCAAGAAGAUAAUGGAGAAACACAAAAUAAAGGUUGAUUGA